CGUGUGCCACAGCGAACACCGCCUUCACCACGCCCAAGGAUAUUCGCAUUAUCGCCAAUCAUUACGACCCAAACCCUACGACAACUCGAGUAUAAUAUUCGCGCUCCGCUCGACCCAACUCCACGUGCGUCACCGUCGCGCUGCCGACGCACGCGCUUCACCCGCCGCCCACGCCAGCAACCGCAUAGCAACCGGACCCAUGACCGCUGUAUUCGCGAGGUCUCCUCUUCAAUCGCUUCCUAUGGCCGCAAAUCGACCGACGACGCGACGGAGGAGCGUAAAGCACGCUUUCGAGGACGACGACGAUGCGCCGGCUGCGAAGAGGCCGAAGACAGAGAUGAACGGCGCGAGUAAGAGGACAAACGGCGCGACAAAGAAGGCGGCGAAGAUAGCAUACGAUGAGAAUGACGACGGCUUCCAGUUCACGCGCCGCUCGUUGCGAAGGACCACGAAAGCGCAAGCACAGCCCGAGCCCAUACCCGAGGAGCCGCCAAAACCCGCGCCAGCGCGUAAAAAGAAGAGCGCAGUCCCCGCGUCGGAACCAGAGCAGUCUGAACUGCAAAAGCGGCGGCGAUCGGCGCGCCUGUCGGGCGACAAGGAACAGUUAGAGGAAGGGCACCCGGCUCCAGAACCCGUAAUACCGGCGCAGAAGCGCACGAAGAAGAAUGCGCCGGCAGCGAAGGAGCAGAAAAGGCAGAAGACACCGGCUCUGGAACCUCAUCCAGAGGGAAAGAGCGUGUUUGUGGGUGUGAAGACUCCAACGCGGAACGAACUCCACGUGCGUAAGAAGCGCGAUGGAGCGACUAAGAUUAUGCUGCCUUUCGCGGAUACACCGGUCAUAACUAGGAAUAAGGAGAUGCGCAAAGCUAGUAAGGAUGGGCAUAGGAGGAGCAGCACGGGCUUGCGGGGUAGGAGGGCGAGUUCGUUGAUUGACAGCGGGAUGUCAAAUGCCCUUCCACAUUCGGAGGUUGAAAUUCGCGAUUUCUACAAGUACAUCGAGCAGAGUCUACCCGAGCCGCGGCGGAUGAAGCAGCUGCUCACUUGGUGUGGAUCGCGAGCACUUCCAGAGAAGCCAUCGGGUAACGUCAAGAAUGCGAAUGCGAUCAUGGCAGCACGCGCGAUACAGCAAGAGCUCAUAGAUGACUUUGCAAGCAAACCAGAGCUCUCAGACUGGUUUAGCAGGGAAGAAACUGCCCCUCCACCGGUAGUCAAAAAGCCGAAUCCGCAGAACGAAAAGAAUAAGGCUACGCUCCAAGAGCUGGAAGAAGAGGUCAAACGCCUCGAAGAAGAAAAGGCCGCCUGGGAAGCCCUAGCCUCCUCGUCAAACUCCAUGCCACCACCUCCGCCACCCUCAAUACAAACACCAGCCCUCUCCCUCUCCGAAAUCGACGCUUCCCUUCUCGACGCCUCGCAAGCCUCCAUGCUCGCUUCCCUCCAAUUACCACCACAACCCGCACCGCCCUCCGCAGCAUUUACCUUCACCACACCCUCCGCCCUCCAAUCGCACCUCACCAAGCUCGCCGACUCGUUAGAACCGAACAUCGAUCUGUUCGCAGACGGUGUGCACAAGAUCGAGCAGUACCGCAACACGGCAGAGCGGGUCGCGGACCGUGUGCUUGGCACGGCGGCCGGGAGGCUGGAGGAGAGGGACAAGGAAGGGAAGGAGAAGGUGGGCAGUGAGGGCAUCGGCGUGGGUGAUGUGUUGAGGGGACUAGCAGGCGUGCUUAAUGAGUCAUAAUAAUGCGUUCGAUCAGAGCCCAGGAGAAGGAUCUUGUAUCACGAUGGCCUUUUUUGGUGACACGAGGCAGGCCGGCUUGGGUGGCUGCAUUUCUGCACUGUAUGAGAAUGAUAUAUGUGGAGUUUUCAAAUCUGGUUUUUGUGGGGUUUCGGGGUGCGGCCUUUGGGCGGUUUUUUGGUGCUUUUCGAUGCAGCAGGGAAAUGCAUUUUGGGCGUCUAUAUCGGAUCUUGACGGUGGGGGGAGCGGGUAUACCAUUCUGAAUUUGAGAGCUCAUGUUAUCUUCCUG